CCCAGGACCGGCCCCCAGGACCGGCCCCCCGGGGAGGUGCGAGGCCCUGUGCGGGCGCUGCGUCCGGCAUGGCGGGCCCGGGGGGGGAGGCCCCGUGUCCGCAGCAGCUGCUGGGGCGGGUGCGGUUCCUGCGGGAGGCGGCUUGCUGCCUGCGGGCCGGGGAGGCGCUGCCCGCCGCGCUGGCCUUCGUGCCCCGGGAGGUGCUGUACAAGCUGUGCAGGGACCCUCCCGGGACCGGACCCCCGGCCCGGACCCCCGUCCUGCUGCCCGUCUGGGACACCCCCAACCAGGCCCCCGGACCCCGCAGGCCCGGCCGCCCCGCCGUAAGGCUCCGUCGGGGCCACUGUCUGAGGGCCACGGGCGAGGAGCUCUGCAACGCCCAAGGCCUCUGGGUCAGGAUCUCCAAGGAGCAGCUGAAGGAGCACCAACCCCAGGCCCAGCAGAGCGGGUGCCAGCUGGAGGAUGGCUGGCUCCUGGUGUGUAAGCACAGCGAGGGCGGGGACCGGCUGGUGCCCGUCGCCUCCGCGGACCGGGUACAGCGCCAGCAGCAGCUCUUCGGCCUGGACUUCAAACCCAUCGUCAGGUGGGAGCAGGUGGUGGAUCUGACCUACUCCCUGCGGCUCGGCGCCCAGCCCAAAGUGAUGGAGGAAGACACGGAGGCCGUGCGGAGGCUCCGGUUCGUGCCCCCAACGUGGACCUACGAAUGCGACGAGGACCUGGUGCACUUCCUGUACGACCACGUGGGGAAGGAGGACGAGAACCUGGGCAGCGUCAAGCAGUACGUGGAAAGCAUCGACGUCUCCUCCUACACGGAGGACUUCAAUGUCUCGUGCCUGACCGACAGCAAUCCCGACACCUACUGGGAAAGCGAUGGGUCCCAGUGCCAGCACUGGGUUCGCCUCACCAUGAAGAAGGGCACCAUCGUCAAAAAGCUGCUGCUGACGGUGGACACGACGGACGAUAACUUCAUGCCCAAGCGGGUGGUGGUGUACGGGGGCGAAGGGGACAACCUCAAGAAACUGAGCGACGUCAGCAUCGACGAGAGCCUGAUCGGGGAUGUGUGCGUGCUGGAGGACAUGACCGCCCACCUACCCAUAAUCGAGAUCCGCAUUGUGGAGUGCCGAGAUGACGGGAUCGACGUGCGGCUGCGCGGGGUGAAGAUCAAAUCCUCGCGGCAGCGGGACCUGGGGCUGAGCGUGGAUAUGUUCCAGCCCGCCAGCAUGGUGCGCUACCCGCGCCUGGAGGGCACGGCGCCCGACGUCCUCUACCGCCGGGCCAUCCUGCUGCAGAGGUUCAUGAAGCUCCUGGACAGCGUCCUCUAUCACCUGGUGCCAGCCUGGGACCACACCCUGGGCACCUUCAACCAGAUCAAGCAGGUGAAGCAGUUCCUGCUGCUGUCGCGGAGGCGCCCGGCCCUGGUGGCCCAGUGCCUGAAGGACUCGGAGAGCGGCAAGCCCAGCUUCAUGCCCCGCCUCUACAUUAACCGGCGCCACGCCAUGGAGCACCGUGACUGCCCCGCCCGCGACCCCACCUGCAAGAACGCCGUCUUCACUCAGGUUUACGAGGGCCUCAAGCCGUCGGACAAGUACGAGAAGCCUCUGGACUACCGGUGGCCACUGCGCUAUGAUCAGUGGUGGGAGUGUAAAUUCAUCUCUGAGGGGAUUAUUGACCAAGGCGGGGGCUUCCGGGACAGCCUGGCCGACAUGUCCGAGGAGCUGUGCCCCAGCUCGGCCGACGCCCCCGUGCCCCUGCCCUUCUUCGUCCGAACGGCCAACCAGGGCAACGGCACCGGGGAGGCCCGGGACAUGUACGUGCCCAACCCCUCCUGCUGCGACUUCGCCAAGUACGAGUGGAUCGGCCAGCUGAUGGGAGCCGCACUGAGGGGCAAGGAGUUCCUGGUCUUGGCCCUCCCCGGUAUCGUGUGGAAGCAGCUGGCCGGGGAGGAGGUGAGCUGGAGCAAGGACUUCCCGGCCGUGGACUCCGUGCUGGUGAAGCUGCUGGAGGUGAUGGAGGUGAUGGACAGAGACACGUUCGACUUCAAGUUCGGGAAGGAGCUGACCUACACCACGGUGCUGAGUGACCAGCGGGUGGUGGAACUGCAGCCCGGGGGCGCCGGCUUGGCCGUGCGCUACGAGGACCGCUUCCGCUUCAGUCGCCUGGUGCAGAAAGCCCGGCUGGAGGAGAGCAAGGACCAGGUGGCGGCCAUGCAGGCGGGCCUGCUGAAGGUGGUCCCCCAGGCCGUGCUAGACCUCCUGACGUGGCAGGAGCUGGAGAAGAAGGUGUGCGGGGACCCCGAGGUCACCGUGGAGGCCCUCAAGAAGCUCACUCGUUUUGAGGACUUCGAGCCGUCGGACACGCGGGUGCAGUAUUUCUGGGAGGCUCUCAACAACUUCACCAACGAGGACCGGAGCCGCUUCCUACGCUUCGUCACCGGCCGCAGCCGGCUGCCUGCCCGCAUCUACGUCUACCCGGACAAGCUGGGCUCGGAGACCACGGAUGCCUUGCCCGAGUCUUCCACCUGCUCCAGCACCCUCUUCUUGCCCCACUAUGUCAGCGCCAAAGUGUGUGAGGAGAAACUGCGCUACGCCGCUUACAACUGUGUAGCCAUCGACACGGACAUGAGCCCCUGGGAAGAGUGAGGCUCCGGCCCGUGGCUCCCCGGCCUGGGCAGCAUAACGGCCCCAAUAAACCACGCGCCAGGCCCGCCCGCUCGGUCCCCUUGCCUUUCUGCCCAUGACCUGCACCCAGAAUGUCCGGGAAAGGCAGGAUCUCCAGUGAUCCUGGGUUCCCCGUUCUGUCAACGGGGAGUCCCGGGUCCCCGGGGGAGGGGGACAGCAGGAGAGGCAACCGGGGUUGUGGCCGAUCCCGUCGGGAAGGGCCUUCGGGGUCCCCUCGGGCCCCAGCUACGAGACCUCGUGCAGCUUGGGGUCCCGGACGCUCAUCCGGACGUCCCAACGUGCCCGAGGCUCGUGAGACCACAGGCGGCGGCCCCCCAUACCCGGCUCGGAACCGGACUUGUUGGGCAGAGGGCCCUUCACGCAGUCCGCUCAAAGCACUGGGCCCUUUCCCUCUUUCCCUUAGCCCCGUGACCCUCUUCCCGAAGAGGGGUCGUGACCGAUUUUGGCCACUUCCCUCCCAGACCUGUGGUCAAGCUGAGGCGGGGAAAGAGGCUCCUGCUCCCACCCCCUUCCUACCUCACGGCUCCCAGUGAGUUCUUUCCGCCCACCCCCGCUUCAGGUCGGCCGCGAUAGGGUUUGCUUGGGGGGCGGGGGUCACCUGCUUGCUCGUGUGCUAGCUUAGAGGGGCCGUUUGCCGCUGCUGUCGGCCUGGUCCCGGUGUCAUUUUUGUUCAGCCCCCUGAGUCUCCGCUCCGUCGUCGUGGAGAUAGAGGAUGGGAGCUGGGGGUGGGGGGAGAAUCGGGCACUUUUAUAA